GAAAAUUCGAAUCUCGCACGCGUCAGACAGGUGGCGCUCCGAUCGCGCGACCCAAUCUGAAGUUGAGCUGGAACGCCACCUUGCCGUAUACGUACGGAUGACGCGUGACUCAAAGCUGCUCAAAGCAUCGACUACAACGACGGUGCGCGUGUGUGUGUCUUCGAAAAUUGUGGUAUUCACGUUAACAUUUCGCGGACGAUGGUACUGAUACAGGAAAGGUGAUCCCCAGGCUUGUCAGAUUUAUAAUAAAUUCAACAAUGGCUAGUAAUGCAAGAGGGAUACCUCGUAUACAGGUCUUUAGACCAACAUAUGAGGAAUUUAAAGAUUUUACGAAAUAUGUGGAAUAUAUGGAAAGUCGAGGAGCUCAUAAGGCUGGUUUGGCAAAAGUAAUACCACCACCCGAAUGGAUUCCCAGGAAGAAAGGCUAUAAUCUAGAUGAGUUAGAUCUUACUAUCCCAGCACCAAUCUGCCAAGUUGUCACUGGAAAACAAGGACUUUAUCAACAAAUUAAUAUUCAAAAGAAGUCAAUGACUGUUCAAGAAUAUAGUAAGUUAGCCAAUUCUGAUCGUUAUGCUACUCCUCGUCAUUUUGACUAUGAAGAUUUGGAGAGGAAAUACUGGAAGAAUAUAACGUAUGUGGCGCCGAUAUAUGGCGCAGACGUAUCUGGUUCUUUAACGGAUCCAGAUGUGAAAGAAUGGAACAUCAAUCAUUUAGGAACAAUUCUGGAUUACGUUAAUAAGGAUUACGGUAUAUCCAUUGAUGGCGUUAAUACAGCUUAUUUGUAUUUUGGAAUGUGGAAAACUACAUUUGCCUGGCAUACAGAAGAUAUGGAUCUAUAUUCCAUAAAUUAUUUACAUUUUGGUGCGCCGAAAACGUGGUACGCUAUACCUCCAGAACAUGGACGUAGAUUAGAGAGACUAGCUAGCGGCUUUUUCCCAACCAGCUAUCAAAAUUGCCAAGCCUUCUUGCGCCAUAAAAUGUCUCUUAUAUCUCCUCAAAUAUUAAGGCAGUAUUCUAUUCCAUGUAAUAAAAUAACGCAGGAAGCUGGAGAAAUAAUGAUUACAUUUCCAUAUGGUUAUCAUGCCGGUUUUAAUCAUGGAUUCAAUUGCGCCGAAUCUACUAAUUUUGCAGCACCUAGAUGGGUAGAAUAUGGAAAGAGAGCUACGCAAUGUACCUGCAGUAAAGAUAUGGUCAAAAUAUCUAUGGAUACUUUUGUGAAACGUUUUCAACCAGAUAGGUAUGAAUUGUGGCUACGUGGUGAGGAUGUUGGUUCUCAUCCUGAAGAUCCUAGGCAGACUGCUGCACCAAUGCCGUCACAAAUGGAUCUAUUAUGUAGUAAUAAUAGCAAUGGUGAAUUACCACAAGGCUAUUUGAGUGCAACACCAAAAAAUAAGCGACAUAUGAUUCAUAAGAAAAAGAAUAUUAUACGCACGAAUCCUGGUAUAAACAUGGAAGAACUUGCGAAUCGUGCGGAUAUUCCACCUGAUGUUAAAAAGGCCUUACAAGAUAUUGAAUUUGAUGAACUAGAAGAACCACCAGAUGAACAACAGUUAGAGGUUCUAGAAGAUAUUUGGCUAAAAGCAGGAGAAAUGGAAAUUGAUGAAGCAACUGUCUAUGAUGAUGGUUACAAUCGCAAGAAAAGCAAGAAAAGAAAGAAAAAACAAAAUGGAGAUAAAGAAAAAAAACCAAAAAUUGAAUCAAAAUCUAAGAAGGAAGCCAGCAAAAUUAAUGCACAAAAUGUGAAUGUAGUUAAAACUGAAGAUGAUAUGUCUACUUUUGAAUAUAUAUCCCAGGAAAAUAUGGAAGAAUUUCCUGUACCUCAAGGAAAUUACAAUGACGAAAUUAUUAUAAAAACUGAUCCUAUAGAUCCUCUAAAAAUAGAGGGUUAUCCCUUAAAUGAUUUUAAUCCUUCAGUUAUUGAAAAAGAUGGUAAAAGAAAAAAGAAGCAUACUAAACAUAAUGAGCAGAAGAAAUUGAAGCCAAAACGUGUGUCCAAAAGUAAACGCAAACGCGACAAUAUAUCGUUUUUCGAUGCAUCAACUUCAAACGUUUCAGAUGCUACUGUGCAAACUGAAGCUAAAGCAUUAGAUGAUCUUAACAUAUAUGCUAUAAAUAAUACGUAUAAUAACCAAGAAAAAUUUAAUUUAAUGCAGUUAAGCGUUUCGCUUAGUAAUGAGCUUAAUAAGAAAACUACGAGUACAACUAAUACUAAUCCGAUAAAAAGUUCUGUAUUUAACAAUGACAAAAAAAACAUGACAGAAUUAACGAGUGCUACAGAAAGCAGAAUAACUAUUUCACCGACAAAUGAUAGCAGUGAUUCUUCAAAAAUGACAUUUACAAAUAGAAAUUUUGAAAAGAACUGUUUUGCUAAUGAACAAAACAUAAAUUCUGAGUCUCAGAACGAAAAAACCAUGGUUGCUCAAAUAGAACAGUUUACAAAUGUAAACGACAAAAAUAUGGAUGUGUUUACAGAAAGCGGGACAAUACAAAGUAAUACUCAUAAAAGCUUGCUAAAAGCACCUCGUUUGAAUGUACCGUCAUCGAUUAUACCUCCCAAAUCACAAACUGAAAAUCAGCAGAUGCAACAACCUAUGCAAUCAAAGAUUUAUGUUGAACAUUCACAAAAAAGUAAUGUUCUUAUUUUACGACCAGCUUACCCUAAACCUCCAGUUUUACAAGAUGAAACGGAAAUGCAGUAUAUAAAAAACGAUAGCACAAUUCAAAAUGCUCCACCUUCGUUAGAAUUUUCACUUAUUCAGAGACUUCCACCUGAUACUGCUAUUACUCAGGUGCCCAAUAUCAAUUGCAAGCACACGUUUCCAAAUAUUAAUCCAUUUAAACAGCCUAACACAAAUUUAAAGAUGAAAAUAAAUUUGGGAAAUUUACCUUAUACGAGCAACAGUUCUAAGAAAUUAACAGAGACAUCCUUGCAAAAUAUAUAUCCAAAUGCUCCUAAAACGUCUCAAGCAGUUGCAUUAGAUAAAUCGAAUAUCAUUCCUUUUCUAAAUUCAUCAUCCAUAGCAUCACAAACAAAUCCAAUACCUAAUACAAUAUCGCAAUUUCCAAUGUUAUCUACCCUGGUAGGUCCUCGGCCUAUAUUGAUACCUAUAAGUUCGUGUGUGCAAAAUAAAAACACUGAUAUACCGGCAUUUUUGUUACCUGCAUCUACUGUUCAAACCAGUUCAAAACAAGCUAUGUCAAAAAUUACUAAGAAUGCACCAACGCGUCAUAGGCUGCAAAAAGGAACGUCACGUAGGAAAACAUCGGCAAAAAAUAAUAAGUCAAAUAAUAAUGCAUCUCCGAAUACUUCUCAAGCUAACACUGUGAAUACUUUCGUUGAAACUCAAAUUAAUAAUUCUACUGAUACACGAAUAAAUAUGAGCGAUUCAAAUGUGCUAUCACGAAUUACAAAUACGCAAAAAGACAUGUUACAUGAAGAUGAGCAUUUAAAUAUAUCUGACAAUAAGACACAAGUACAAGAUUUACAAAAGCAAACAGAUUUUUGUUUACAUUUAAAUUCAUCUAAAUCAAAACAUAAAGCACCUAUUUUAAGAAAGAAAUCCAAAGAAAAAAAAGCUACAACAAGAAGAAAACAACCAUUGGCUAUUGCUCCAAAGACUAUUAUACCCGUGAAUAUGGCUCCUUCGACUAUUGUUCCUGUGAAUACUGCUCCUCCAGCUGUUGCAAAUAUUGCAACAGUUGCUCCUCCAACUAUUGCAAAUGUUGCAACAGUUGCUUCUCCAGCUAUUGCAAAUGUUGCAACAAUUGCUUCUCCAGCUAUUGCAAAUGUUGCAACAGUUCCUUCUUCAGCUAUUGCAAAUAUUGCAACAGUUGCUCCUCCAGCUGUUGCAAAUGUUGCAACAGUUGCUCCUCCAGCUAUUGCAAAUGUUACUUCUAUGACCGAUACUCCCAUAAGUGUUACUCCUGCGGUUACUACUAUGCCUAUUGCUACUCCAACUGUUGCUUUGGUGAUAGAACCCAUAAAAGAUAAAUCUAUAUCAACACAAUCUGCCGAUAUGCCGCAAUUCUGUAAUUCUCAGCCAACAUCGGUAAUCCCAGGGCAUAUUUCUGAUAUGAUUUAUCCGAAUGUACCAAACAAUGAUCUGCUAAAAGCAUUCAAUGAUUAUUGGAGCGCUCAAGUGUCCCAUUGUGCAAUAUGUGCUACUUUUGCCUUGUGUACAAGCGGAAGCAGUAGAAUGAUGCCACCUGAUUGGAAAUAUUGCACAUCAACUACGCUACCUGAAAGUACACCAAUAUGGGUGCCAGCCACUAUCUACGCAGCAAACUCUAAGGAACAGGCUAUGGAAUCAGAGAAUAACAAACUUUUACGAUGCAGAGAAUGUCACGUAACUGUUCAUGCAUCUUGUUACGGUAUAACUAUAUUACCUACGGAUAUCCAAAAUUGGGCCUGCGACAGGUGUAAAGCUGGCAGAAGCGAUGCGAUGUGUUGUAUGUGUCCAAUGUUUGGUGGUCCACUAAAGCGUACCAGUGAUAGCAGAUGGGCGCAUAUCUUAUGUACGCUUAUGGUACCAGGAGCCACAUUUAAAGAUGCCAUAAAUAAAGAUCCUAUUAAUGUAUUAACGAUCGUCGCGGACUCAAUAAACAAGAAAUGUUGUUUCUGCAGUCAAGAUGGUGGAGCGUGUCUGAAAUGUAAUCAGUGCAAUAAUGUGUUUCAUCCGUCUUGUGGUCUCGCGACAGGCGCUACAUUUAGCAUACCAGUGUAUACUUCAGAGGAACUUCAGGUAACGUGUAAUGAACAUGAUGAAGGUAAAGAAAAGAUCCCACAGAUACGUCAAGGAGAAACAGUUUGGGCAAAGCAUCGUAACAAACGAUAUUAUCAAGCCAAAGUAGCAGCUAUCGAGGAUACCGUCUUUUAUAUGGUUACAUUUGAUGAUAAAAGCUUCAGUGAUGAUUUGUAUCCUAUAGAUGUAACCAACUAUAAACCCGGAAAUACACCUCUACCUGGAGCCGCAGUGACGGUGAACUGGACAGACGGUCAAAUAUAUAAUGCUGUCUUUGAAGGUACAAAUCAUCGAAUAAUGUUCACUGUGAUUUUUGAGGAUGGUUCUCAACUUAUUUUAAAGCGUAAUGACAUUUACAGUUUACAAGAAGAAAUGCCAAAAAGAGUGCGUUCUCGUUUGUCUGUUGCGACUGAAAUGAAGCACCGAUCUCAUCUUUAUGGCACAGAAGGUGAAACAGAGGCGCAAAGAAAAGUGAAACAAUUGAAAAAUUAUGAUUGA